AUGGCAGAAUUGUUGGAAAAUGAAGGUACACUUAAGACAUUAUGGCUUGGUUCAGGGCUAUAUCAGAGCCUUGUAACAUCAGAGCUGAUGCCAUUUGUCUUCAUGAGUGAUGGGAUGUAUGGGUUUUUUACACUCCUAGGAAAGAAUUUGGAUAGCAUGUGUGUGCCUUCACUCACUAGUGCUAUGAAGACCAGUCCAUUGAACAGUUCUGGCAGCUCCCAGGGCAGAAACAGUCCUGCUCCAGCUGUGACCGCAGUAUCUGUGACCAGAAUCCAGGCUUCUGAGGUUUCUGUGCCACAAGCAAAUUCCAGUGAAAGCUCAGGGGAUCAAUCAAGCGAAAGCGUUCCUCAAACUGCCACACAGCCAGCCAUUUCUCCGCCACCAAAGCCUACAGUCUCCAGAGUUGUCUCCUCAACACUUAUGCUAAACCCAUCACCUAGUCCCUCAGGAAAUGCAGAAACAAAAGUACUUAAUCCUAUAGCAGGAGUCAAUAGAACAUCCUCACCCCAUAAGGAAGAAAAUCCUAAGAAAACCAAAACAGAUGAGGAUGAAACAAGUGAAGAUGCUAACUGUCUUGAUUUGAGUGGACAUGAUAAAACAGAAACAAAGGAACAAUUUGAUAUGGAGAUGAGUGCAAUUCAAUCAGAAACUGUUCCAUCAUCGGCUUCUCUGUUGACCUCUCAGAAAACAUCCAGUACAGACCUUUCUGAUAUCCCUUCUCUCCCUGCAAAUCCUAUUCCUGUUAUUAAGAAUUCAAUAAAACUGAGAAUGCAUCAGUAA